UUCGGCAACGGUAGAAGCGAGCCAUCACAGAACUCACGGACACACAGUUUCCUCAUUCGCGUCCGUGACUCCGUUGCUAGACUCGUUACGUGUGCCGAAGGGAGAGAGAGAGAGACCGUGCGCCGUGAGAGUUCCUUUUUUUCCGCGGAGAGAAAACACCGAGAGGCUUUUGGACGAUGAGCGAUCCGAAGAGUGGCGAAGAUCUGGCGACGGCUAUCCUUCGUAAGAAGGACAGGCCAAACAGAUUGUUGGUCGAUGAAGCGAUCGCCGACGACAAUUCUGUGGUUGCGCUCUCCCAAGCGAAAAUGGACGAGUUGCAAUUGUUUCGCGGAGACACCGUACUUCUGAAGGGGAAAAGGCGCAAGGAAACAGUGUGCAUCGUUCUGUCCGAUGACACGUGCCCGGAUGAGAAGAUCCGUAUGAAUCGCGUUGUCAGAAAUAACUUGCGCGUACGUCUGAGUGACGUAGUUUCCGUACAAGCGUGUCCGGAGGUCAAGUACGGAAAACGUAUUCAUGUGCUGCCAAUGGAUGAUACUGUCGAUGGUCUCACUGGGAAUCUAUUUGAAGUCUAUUUAAAACCGUACUUCCUGGAAGCGUACCGCCCUAUUCAUAAGGAUGACAACUUCAUUGUACGAGGUGGUAUGCGAGCCGUGGAAUUUAAAGUUGUGGAAACUGAUCCGGGACCAUUUUGCAUUGUGGCGCCUGACACAGUGAUACAUUGUGAAGGUGAUCCGAUAAAGCGAGAGGAGGAGGAGGAGGCAUUGAAUGCCGUGGGUUACGACGACAUCGGCGGCGUGCGCAAGCAAUUGGCACAAAUUAAGGAAAUGGUGGAAUUACCGCUGCGACAUCCGUCUCUGUUCAAAGCCAUCGGCGUCAAGCCGCCACGUGGUAUAUUGUUAUACGGACCACCGGGAACAGGGAAGACUCUCAUUGCACGCGCUGUGGCAAACGAGACCGGGGCAUUCUUCUUUCUUAUAAACGGUCCCGAAAUUAUGAGCAAACUGGCUGGUGAGUCCGAGAGCAACUUGCGGAAGGCGUUCGAGGAGGCCGAGAAGAAUUCUCCGGCCAUCAUAUUUAUUGACGAACUUGAUGCGAUCGCGCCGAAACGUGAAAAGACGCACGGCGAAGUCGAGAGGCGUAUUGUGUCGCAACUGUUGACACUGAUGGACGGCAUGAAGCAGAGCUCCCAUGUGAUCGUAAUGGCAGCUACCAAUCGACCGAACAGCAUCGACGGUGCACUGCGCCGAUUCGGACGUUUCGAUAGAGAGAUCGACAUCGGUAUACCGGAUGCCACUGGCCGAUUGGAGAUCUUGAGAAUCCACACGAAGAAUAUGAAGCUCGCUGACGACGUCGAUUUAGAAGAGAUUGCAUCGGAAACUCACGGACACGUUGGCGCCGACUUGGCAUCUUUAUGUUCCGAAGCGGCUCUUCAACAGAUUCGUGAAAAAAUGGAUCUCAUAGACUUGGAGGACGAUCAUAUAGACGCGGAGGUCUUGUCUUCACUUGCAGUAACAAUGGAGAACUUUAAGUACGCAAUGACGAAGAGCAGUCCGAGUGCUCUGCGCGAGACGAUCGUGGAGGUGCCGACGGUCACUUGGGACGAUAUCGGAGGUUUGCAAAACGUCAAAAUGGAGUUGCAAGAAUUGGUGCAGUAUCCAGUGGAGCAUCCUGACAAAUUCUUGAAAUUCGGUAUGCAACCGUCAAGAGGCGUAUUAUUUUACGGCCCACCCGGUUGCGGUAAGACACUGUUGGCCAAAGCGAUCGCCAACGAGUGUCAAGCGAAUUUCAUCUCCGUCAAGGGUCCUGAAUUGUUAACCAUGUGGUUCGGAGAGUCGGAAGCUAAUGUCAGAGAUGUUUUCGACAAGGCAAGAUCGGCAGCACCUUGUGUGUUGUUCUUCGACGAGCUCGAUUCUAUCGCGAAAUCUCGAGGCGGCACCGUCGGCGACGCGGGCGGUGCGGCGGAUCGUGUGAUAAAUCAGAUAUUAACGGAAAUGGACGGCAUGGGCGCGAAGAAGAACGUAUUCAUCAUAGGAGCGACGAAUCGGCCCGACAUCAUCGAUCCGGCAAUUUUACGACCUGGUAGAUUAGAUCAAUUAAUUUACAUACCACUACCGGAUGAGAAGUCUCGAGAAGCGAUAUUCCGCGCUAAUCUUCGAAAAUCGCCCGUAGCUAAGGACGUAGAUCUAAGCUACAUAGCCAAAGUCACACACGGCUUUUCCGGUGCUGACUUGACAGAAAUCUGCCAGCGAGCGUGCAAACUUGCCAUUAGACAGUGCAUCGAGACUGAAAUUCGAAGGGAAAAAGAACGAGCGAAUAAUCCAUCCGCAUCUAUGGAUAUGGAUGAGGAUGAUCCUGUACCAGAAAUAACGCGAGCUCACUUCGAGGAAGCAAUGAGGUUUGCGCGCCGUUCAGUGUCCGACAACGAUAUUCGCAAGUACGAAAUGUUUGCGCAAACGCUGCAACAAUCUCGAGGAUUCGGGACUAAUUUCAGAUUUCCACAAAGUGGAGCAGGCGGUGCUCAAGAUAAUACGCAAGGCGAUCAAGCCUUUCAAGAUGAUGGAGAUGACGAUCUCUAUAGCUAAGUUUUCGUUUCCUUGUAUGUCAUUACAGUGAGCAUACGACAAAAGGGCCUGUCUGUUACCACAUAAUAUAUUGCACAGGAAUCGUUUUUAAGUGAUACAAUUGAAUUAUAAAAGAGAGCGUAAAUAAAUGUGGAUGAGAUAAAUGGAAAUUUUAUAUGAGGUACAUAUAAAAGCUUUGCGUUUGUAGAAAAAGGGCACGGACCCUUCUAAUCCAUGUAGCUAAGAAACAUUCGGAUAUAUAAAAUAUCAAUUGAAAACUUGCUUUGUUAUAUGAUUAUUUUUACGUUUAACCAUUUUUUUAAUGGAACUUGGUCUUUUAGCGGAAUUGUUACAUACGAAAUUAUCUUUCUUUUCCACCAACGUGACGUGCAUGAAAAUAUAUAAUCGCGCAUCAUUAAUUAAUAAUUUAUAUGAAACGGGAAGAUUAUUACAAAGUGACAAAACAAGAUGUAACACUUCACAUCGCGUAUACACGUAUAGGGAUAUACAUAUUACCCAUUGCAAUUUUGCUACGUAAUUUUACAUGCGUUACGUCAAUUUUGUCGAGCUUGAACUCUCGGAAUGGACCCUUUUGCUGCAUUAUCACUGUACUCGAUGAGAAUACAUUCUGUUGUUCACACUCACACAUUGCAGUAAUCUUAGGCAGUAAUAUAAAAAAAAAAAAAAAAUUUAUGCCAUGUCGAGAUGAGAUUGUCAACCGAUGAUGAUGAUGAUGAUGAUGUACGUUGAUGAUUUUACAAAUAUCCCUUAAUAGUAAAUUAAUCCAUAUACGACGAUAAAAAAAAGAGCCUUUUUCAAUCUCGUCAUUCGAAUCGUACGAUUAUCUGCAUUAUAACCGUUCGCAGUUUUAUAAACGUUGAAAUUUCCGAUGAUGAAGGAGCCGAAUAAUAUAUAUUACUAAAUACAAUACACGAAUAAAGAGAAAGAUUUGUCUGAUUUUCUUACAAGAUGGCAAAUUGUUGAUACUGAUUGCGCCGCAAUUGAUCGUAUACACAUAUUGUUUGAUAUAAGAUUCAAGGAUUAAAAAUUUAAAAAAAUAGCGCAAAAAAAUAAAUAAUAUAUUACUAUCGGAAA